AUGCUGCCGUAUCAAAAGGUUCUGAAGGUUUUGCAGAAAUUGAGGAUAGUGGACUAUUUGCUUUGUGUGUUUCUAUGUACUGCCGCUUUAACAAUUGGGAAAAAGGUGCGUCCGCAUUGUCGUCAAUUUUCUUGGCAAGACGCAACAAUCGGACACACCUACGCUGGGGCUGGAUUAUUUCCCUCUUGGUCUUUGGCUCCCAUCGCCAUUUUGCCCGCAUUAAUCUACUUUGUCGUUGAGCUCAUCCGCGCGCUGCUGUGGCGACCCGACACGAGACCCUCUCACGGGCCUUCUACCUCCCUGGACUUGGUCACCAAUGCACUGGAAACAAGGAACAGUGAACGGAUGAAUAUGCGACGGUGUCACACCGAAGAAGCUGAUGGUGGCACUGUCAUCAAUACAAGCGACGGGGAAGAGGCGGGUGGCAAUGCACGGUGGUGGCUCUUUUUGGAAAAAUUGAAUCACUGGCUUCUCGCUCAGGCGUUUUCUGUGACGCUGAGUAUGUUUAUUGUUGACAUCACGAAAUUAUACGCCGGUCGUCUGCGUCCUGACUUCCUUGCGCGAUUGGAAAAUGAAGGUUACAGCGAGAAAUCAACGGGGGUGGACUGGUGCAAAGUUGCACGUGAAGGGAGAUUGUCUUUUCCAUCGGGUCACGCCGCCAUCUCGUUUUCUUCAAUUGUUACAUUGGUGCUGUUUUUUGUGGGGCAUCUGCAAGUAUUUUAUUUUGCGUCCCCAUUGCGUCUUUUUUUGUCUAUGCUGCCGCUAAUUUUACCAAUUGUUGUUGCUGUUUCCCGGACACGUGACAACCGUCAUCAUUUCUCUGAUGUUUUGGCUGGAGGCAUCAUUGGAACAGGCUGUGCACUUCUCUCCGUGACUGUCCUGUUUCGUGUCGUGAAACGUAAUGGGAUGUUCUUACCACGUCGACAGGAUUAUGCCUCAAAGAGGUGA